AGCUCAUUCUAGAAUAUGUAUUGUUGUACAUAUCCUCCCUCCUCUCUCUCUUUCACUCUCUCAGGACAACGAGGGGGCAGGCUGUCAUGAUUCCACAGGCGACCUGGUUACUAAGCAACAUUAGCUAUCUGUGAGUGGUGCUGAGACACAUCCUUCUGUUGAUCAGCCGUGUGCAACUCCUGCUCCUUAGCUGUGGUGUUAAUAGAUACUAAUACCACAAAGAAAAUACCACAUACAGGGUUCUCCCAAUGAUUUUUUUUAACAAGGUGGAGCUACUGCGUACAGCGGGAUGGAGGACAUUUCCUGCAAUCUAAAGCAAAGAAAUACUCUAUUAGGGUGUGGUGCCUUAAAUGAUAACAAAUGAAGUUUAAAAAAUCACAGUGGAGCAGCCAGUCCACAAGGUGGCGCAGCGCAACUCUUACAUUCUUUGAGGAGAACCCUGACAUAGAAAGAUAAUACCCGACAAGUCAUGGCUUGUGUUCGGUUGUCCAGGUCUCAGAGAUUCUUCAGGAACUUAUCUCUGAUCCUACUGAGCGGAUCCGUCUCUCUGCUCCUGUGGGCCGCUCUCAGACGCCCGACGGGCUCUGACAGGAGUCCUCUCCCCGCUCUGGACCUCCUGCCCCUGGGCUACGCUGCCGACCUGCCGGCCUGCUCAGCCAUCAUCCAGGGAGACCUGGAGGGUCUGGAGAGGGAGCAGCUCAGCCUCCUGCUGAAGACCAAGAAGAAGCAGCAGCCGUUGUCAGAGGCGUUCUACCACAAUGUGACUCAGGACUGUCAGAGGUACGUUACAGAAAGAGGGUUUAUCACCCUUCCUCUCAGCCAGGAGGAGAAGGAGUUCCCCAUCGCCUACUCCAUGGUCGUCCACGAGAGGAUCGAGAUGUUUGAGCGGCUCCUGCGUGCCGUGUACACUCCUCAGAACGUGUACUGCGUCCACAUCGACCAGAAGUCAUCUGAGGACUUCAGGACGGCAGUGAGGGCUAUCGUGUCCUGUCUGCCUAAUGUGUUUGUGGCCAGUAAGUUAGAGAGUGUGGUCUACGCCUCCUGGUCCAGAGUGCAGGCUGAUCUGAACUGUAUGGAAGAUCUCCUGAAGUCACCUGUCCAGUGGAGGUACCUGAUCAACACCUGUGGAUCAGACUUCCCCAUUAAGACCAACGCUGAGAUGGUUCAGGCCCUCAAGCUGCAGAACGGGAGAAACAGCAUGGAGUCAGAGACCACCAACGACUAUAAAAACAGCAGAUGGCAGUUCCAGCACAAAAUCACCAGCAACAUGGUGGUCAAGACGAACGUUAGAAAGAGCCCUCCUCCAAUCAGCACCCCCAUGUUCUCUGGCAACGCCUACUUCCUGGUCUCCAGGGCCUUUGUCCGUCACGUGAUGGAGUCUCAGGAGGUCCGGGCGCUGUUGGAGUGGGAGAAGGACACCUACAGUCCCGAUGAACACCUGUGGGCCACCCUGCAGCGCAUGCCCUCUGUGCCAGGAUCUAACCCUUCCCACAUCAAGUACCAUGAAUCAGACAUGAACGCCAUUGCUCGCAUCGUGAAGUGGGAUUCCCUGGAAGGAGAUGUGAGGAAAGGAGCCCCAUAUCCACCCUGCUCGGGUGUCUCCAGGAGGGCCAUUUGUGUCUACGGGGCUGGAGAUCUCCGGUGGCUCCUACAGCAUCACCACCUCAUCGCUAACAAGUUUGACCCUGAGGUGGAUGACGUGGCUAUCAGGUGCCUGGAGUCGUACCUGCGCUUUAAAGCUACAUACCGUGUAUCACGAAGGACAGCGGAAUCUGAGAGUCUCUUACAAAAACGAUGAAAUGUUAAAAGUCGUAAAUACGUUCAUGUGUAUUUCUUUAAAUAUGUUUUGAAAUGUUGUAUA